AUGGACCUGCUCUACAGGCUCGCUCACUCCAAGGAGAAAGGGGCCGACCGCCUCCGUUCCGCGAUUGCCGCCUGCUGCCACGACGGCGCCUUCCUGCGCGACUGCCUCGAGCCCCUCCUGACAAAGCUCGGCUGCGACGCGCUCUGCACAGUCAGCUGCCGCCAGCAGCUCGAGCAGCUCCUCGGCGCGAUCUACACGGUGCCCGGGCUGCUGCAGCAGCUGGAAGCCGCGCUGCAGCUGCCGGCCGGCACCGGCUGCCUGCCCGCGGACCCGAGCGGCGUCGCGUGGUUUGCCCUGAGCGUCGCGCAGCGCGUGGACGGCGCGAGGAGCGACCCGGCGCUGCUGGCGCUGAUCGCGCCGCUCGAGGCGCGCGGCGGCGCCGCCAAGCAAGCCGCCAAGCAGCUGCGCGUGCUGACGAGCGGCGCGGCGGCGGGAGAAGGCGGGGGCGGCGGGGGCGGGGCGGAGGAGGCGGUUCUUGGCGUCGCCCUCAAGCCGCGGCCCUGCGUGAUGGUCAGCGCGGCGCUGCCGCCCGGCCACAGGGCGCUGCAGCACCGCACCGAGCAGGAGCGGCUCAGGUUCUGGCGAGAAUUUGGGCACGGCACGCUCGCGUCGGACGCGCUUGUGUGCCUGGCGAUGCCGCCGGCGGCGCAGGGUGGGCCGCCGCGGCUGGUGUUUGCCACGGUGGUGCGGCGGGACCCGGAAGACAUGGCGAUGGGGCCCGACCCCAUGGUUGGUCUGGCAUUUGAGCCGGGCCCGGAUGUGGAGAGUGUGCUGCAGCAUAUGGGAGAGGGGCCACUGCCCGGGACAGUGCUCGUGCAGGCGUCCUCCAACUUCCUGAGCUCCAAGCCCGUGCUGCGCUGCCUGCAGUCCCUGCCGGGGGUGCCCCUCGCGCCGGAGCUGGUGCACGCGCGGCCGCCGGCCGCCGUUGACUACCUCCCCCCGGCGUCAGUGGAGCAGGCGCUGCAGCAGCGCAGCACCCUGGACCCCAGCCAGCAGCAGGCCCUGACGCAGGCUCUCACCCAGCGCGUCGCCAUCAUCCAGGGGCCCCCAGGGACCGGGAAGACGUUUGUGGGAGUGGAGGCGUGCCUGGCCAUCCUUGGCAGCAGCUCCCAGAAGAUCAUGUGCGUCACAUACACCAACCACGCACUCGACCAGUUCCUGGAGGCCCUCCUGGACCGCGGAGUGACGGACAUCGUUCGUGUUGGCGGCCGCUCCAAGAGCGAACGCAUGAAGCAGCUGCAGCUCAAAGAGAUCGCCUCCGCCCCAGCAUCUGCAGGCGCAGGCGGCAAGGCCUCAAACCUCGGCCAGGCUGAGCGACGGCGGCUGUGGCAGGUCCAGACGGAGCUGGAUGGCCUGCAAGAGGAAGUGAAGGCGCUGACUGAGCGCCUCGCCGCGCUGGAGGAUGCACCGCGGCCGCCGGCGCCGGGGUCGGGCCCGCUGCCCCAGGGCGGCAGCGGCCGCGGGGCCGGGGGCCGCAGCGGCAGGCAAGCGGCGCCGGCGCCGCCGCCGACGGCCGCGGAGCAGUGGCGGCGGCGGGCGGAGCUCGAUGUUGCUGGCGCCGAAAAGGCCGCAGCGACGGCGCACUUCAGGGAGCGGCUCGCGGCGCUGAAAGCUGCAGAGGCGCGCUGGGCGCACGUGGCCGACCCCGCGGCCGGCCCCGUGGAGAUGCUGGAGGACAUCUGGGCGCUGCCGCCGCGCCUGCGCGCGCCGCUGGCCGCGGCGUGGCGCCGCGGCGCGCGCGGGGAGGCGGCGGAGGAGCUGGCGGGCGUGCUGGAGCGCGUGGGGCGGCUGCAGCAGGAGCGGACUGAGCUGUAUGAUGGAAGCCUUGAGGCGGUGCUGCGUAAGGCGCGCGUCAUCGGCUGCACCACCACCGGCGCCGCGAUGCACCAGGCCCUGCUGACUGGCCCUUCCGUGGCGCCUGGGGUCGUCAUGGUGGAGGAGGCGGCAGAAAUCUUGGAGGCUCACGUCAUCACGGCCCUCAGCCAGCGCACCAAGCACGUCAUCCUGAUAGGAGACCACAAGCAGCUCAGGCCCAAGGUUGACAACUGGGAGCUGGCUGUCCAGUCUGGCAACGGUUACAACCUCAAUGUCUCCCUCUUUGAGCGGCUGGUGCUUGCCGGCUUCCCGCACGCGACGCUGGGGGUCCAGCACCGCAUGCACCCGGACAUCUCGCGCCUCAUAAAGCACACCUACCCGGCCCUGCAAGACCACCCCAGCGUGGCCGGCCACCCGCCCGUCCUCGGCCUCGCGCCCGGCCGCCGCGUGCUGUUUAUAAAUCAUGAUGUGGAGGAGGACGGCGCCGCGCGGCGCGGGUGGUCAGCGCGGCAGGACCUUGCGCAGCAGUCAAAGUCGAACGGGCACGAGGCGCGGCUGGCGGUGGCGUGCGUGAGCUACUUCGUGCAGCAGGGCUACGACGCGUCGCGGAUCGUCAUCCUCACGCCCUACCUGGGCCAGCUGAUGGAGCUGCACAGGGAGAUGGCCGCGGCCCGGCUGGACGCGGCCCUCAAUGACAGGGACCUCCGGGACCUGCGGGCGGCGGCGGGGGCGGAGGCCGCCGGGAUCAAGGGCGGCGGCAACGGCGGGGGCGGCGGGGGCGCCGGGAGCGUCAGGGCGGCCACGAUCGACAACUGCCAGGGCGAGGAGUCUGAUCUGGUGGUGGCCACACUAGUCCGUAGCAACCCCAAAGGCAGCGUUGGCUUCCUCAGGGAGCCCGAGCGCAUCAACGUGCUGCUGUCGCGCGCCCGCCACCUGCUGCUGCUCAUCGGGAACGCGCAAACGCUGCGCGGCGCAUCCAACGCGGCGGCGCGCCACCACUGGGGUGUGGUGCUCAACAAAAUCGAGGUCGCCGGCGGCAUGGUGGACGGCCUGCCCGCGGUGUGCCAGCAGCACGGUCAUGUCACCCACCCCUUCCUCGCCGCCCCCGAGGACUUUGCGGCCCGCGCCCCCAACGGCGGCUGCACGCAGCCGUGCGGCGAUUCGCUGCCCUGCGGCCACGCGUGCCCGCUACGGUGCCACGCAUACGACAGGGACCACGCGAACGCUUUCUGCAGGGAACUGGUGUACAGCUACUGCGACGCCGGCCACCUCGUCAGCCGCCGCUGCAGCGACCCCGCGGGCGCGUGCGGCACGUGCGCCGAGAUCCGGCGCGUGCAGGAGGAGGAGAGGAGGCGGGUGGAGGAGCUGGAGAAAGACGCGGCCAGGAAGCGGGCACAGGCUGAUGUGCAGAAGGCGAAAAUGGAGGCCAGGGUGGAGGAGCUCAAGAAGAAGCAGGCCCUGCUGGAGACGCAGCUGGCCUCGCGCAAGGCAGCUGUUGAGUUGGAGCUGCAGCAGAAGCGGCUGGAGAAGGAGGUGGCUGUGACGGAGCACGCCAACAGGCGGGAGCUGGCGGCCUGGGAGAAGGACCGACGUGAGGAAGCUGCCCGGGAGCUGGAGCGGCUUGAGCAGGACGCGAAAGCGCAGGACGCCGCCAAGGCAAUUGAGGCGGAGGCGGAGGCGGCCGCGCGACGCGCCGCCGCGGCGCAAGCCGCUGAGCUGGCGCGCGUGCAGCGGGAGCUGGAGCAGCUGGAUCGCAGCACCGACAGGCAGCUGCAAGAGAUCGUGAACCAGAAGAGGCGUGCGGAGGCGGUGGCUGGCGAGAAGCUGGGCGGGCUGGCGCGCAGGGCGCAGGCGGACGCGGCUGUUUACAUCACGGCCGCCAAGUUCAAGCAGGCUGCCGUUGGCGUGGCCGCCGCCCCCGACCCCAAGACCGCCCUCGCCGCGCUGCGCGCCCUGCUGCAGCAGCACUCUGCGGCGGCCGCAGCCGGCGGCGGCGGCGGCGCAGGGGACGCCCUCGACCUGGCGCUUGAUGCGCCGGGCCUGGGCGACGUACUGCUGCGGUACGCGACGUCAACCGAUACCGCCGCUGGCGCCAUCAGCGUCGGCGACGGCGCGCGGCGCGGGGCCGGGACGACGGUGCAGGCGCCGCUGCCGGCCCGCCUGCUGCGCGGGCUGGACCUCCUGAAAGAGGGGAAGCCGUUGGACGCCCUUGACGUAUUCUCCGCCAUGCUCAAGCCGAAAGAGGAGGCGGCGGCGGCCGGCCAGCCGGGCGCCGGCCUUCAGCGUAGCCUGGGCCUUCUGAUGGAGCGUAAGCCCCUGGACGCACUCAAUGCAUUCUCUGGCAUGCUCAAGCCAAAGCAGGCGGACCGCCGCCUCGGCGCCACGCCCCGCGCCGCCGCCGCGCGCGUCCGAUGCACGGCGCGUGGGGGAGGCUCUGGCGGUCCUGCUGCACCCGGCGGCGGCGGCCCGCCGGCUGCCGAAUUGGAUGCUGUCUGA